GGAAGGCUGGUCACACUGGCAGAUUUAAACAAAUAGAGGUAUUGGGGCUGACCAACAGCUGUAAACAACCUCAGAGCUCCCAGUUUCUUACUGUGCAGGUACAAGGGAGCUCAGAAAAAACACACUCUUUAGACAAGCAUAGUUUCCCUGAUCAUCAGACCCCAGCAUUGAGGUUUCCAUAGUCCUACUGAAGAGUCCUCUGGAAAGAGUGGCAGCAGAUGCAUGAACUGCUCUAGCCAUCCAACAUGGGAUUGACUUUCAGGCAUGGUGGCUGAUGGGAAGUGUGCCAACAGUGGGAGGACUGAACAAAGAGUGUAUAAACCACAUUAAUGUGGAAACCACUUAAUCCUCUGGAGAAUCCUGAUGUCAGCAACAUGGGGCAUCAGGUGAUUGUAUUUGACUUUUCAGCUGUAAGAGGACUGUGGGAAAUUCGGGUUAAGAAGCACAAAGAACGGCAAAAAAAGGAGAAGGAAAGAGUAUCCAGGAGUGCAUUAGAGAAGAUAAAGCAGGAAUGGGACCUUGUGCUGGAGUGCAGAAGAAAAGGCUUGCCUCAAGCUGCCUAUCUCAAUAAUGGUUUCAUAGAUACGGAAAGAAUUUUGGAUAAGAUUGAAAAGAACUCCCCACUCAUUAAGAAAAUUGCAUUGCUGAAUGAAACAGAGAAAAAAAGAAGCAAAUUUGUUUUUCAACUUUCAGGAGAGCACUGGACGGAAUUUCCAGAUUCACUGAAAGAACAGACAUAUCUAAAAGAAUGGCAUAUAAACAAUACCAUGAUCGCAACCAUUCCAACGUACAUUGCCUUAUUUCAGGAGCUGAGAAUUCUAGAAUUAUCCAGCAACCAGAUCACAGAGCUUCCCAUUGAAAUCGGUUGCUUAAAAAAACUGAAAGAGCUUAAUGUAAGCUUUAAUUGUUUGAAGACAAUUCCUCCAGAGCUGGGAAACUGUGAGAAUCUGGAAAAACUCGACAUAUCUGGAAAUCUAGAAAUAGCAGAACUGCCAUUUGAGCUUAGUAACUUGAAACAAAUGACAUUUGUAGAUGUGUCAGCAAACAAAUUCCCUUCAAUUCCAAUAUGUGUGCUCCGAAUGUCAAGUUUGCAGUGGCUGGAUAUGAGCAGCAACAACCUCAAAGAUCUCCCACAAGACAUAGACAGGCUAGAAGAAUUACAAACCCUUCUCCUGCACAAAAACAAACUGACUUACCUUCCACAAGCUUUGGUCAACAUGUCAAAACUCAGUUUACUGGUUGUGAGUGGUGAUGGUUUGGUUCAGAUGCCCACAGCUAUUUGUGAAUCAACCACAGGUUUGAAAUUUAUAAGCCUCAAGGAUAACCCUCUUGAAACAAUCUCAUUUCAAGAGAUUGAAGAAAUAACAGAAAGUGACCGUGAUCGUGAGCUGUUUGAAAAAGAAUUUAUGAAAGCCUACAUUAUGGACCUAAGAGAAAGAGGGGCUGUACCUUGCUAUACUACAAAGGUAACACUUAGUGUCCAAAUAUGAGAGCUGGAAUGCAUACAUCACUGGAGACUCGGAAGAGUUAAUUUUGACAAAGCCAAUGGGGAAACUUAUCAGUAUUAAGUGCCAACAAUAUGGUAACUGAUGCCCAGGGGAAGCUGUCAUUGACCAGACUUCCCACAUGACAGUUGCAAUUAUCAAGUUUAGCAAUAGCUGAGCCUCUACCAGGUUCCUUAUGUGAAAACAGCAGAGACAUUUCUGGUUUAAGGAUACUUUCCCGACAGAGGGCUUCUCUGUCUUGACCACCCAUAACAUUCGGAGAAUGAGGUGGGGCAAUUACAGAACAAAGCCUCAUCUGUAAGAACCCAAAGAUCAUGAUAUACUUUAAUUCUUUUAGACCAAACAAUGCAUGUCUGAAGAUGUAAAAGCCUUCCUUUCCAAGAUGGCCUUUCAUGCAUACAUGUCCACUGGAGCAUUGCUAGAAUCAAAGCAUAAUCCACAGGGCAAUAUGAUGAAUGUUUUCAGAGAAGUUUUAUCAUGCUCAUGGGGUUUUCCUAAGCCUAAAGUGGCCUCCCAAAAGAAGGAUUUGCAAAUGCCAGGUGUACAGAACCAGCAAACCUGAUGCCAAUAAUCCACAUAAAGACUGUACUGAUUCCCCUGCUGAUCAUCGUUUGGACUGGCAGGAUGUGCAUAAGUCUCACUAUCAAAUCAGCAACUGCAGUGCUUUAACCCCUAGGGCAUUUGGUAGCUCCUCCUAGAAGAAGCUUUUCUUCCUACUUCCUCUUAAGUAGUAUAUUGGCCAUCUGUCUCCUUGUGGGCUUAGGUAAAGACAAGUUUACUAUAAUUGUAUCCCUAGAGGAAAAAAGUGAUUGCUUGCACUUAACUUGUUUACUGCACAGUUCCAAAACUUCUUUUCUUCAUGCCACUUUAGAAAGACUGAACAGCAGAAACUUGCAUGUGAAUGCUUGAUCUGGGUGUGAUUUAGAGUUUAUUUUUCCUCUCUUUCUCCCAUAGAAUUUUGGCACAGCAACUUCAGUCAUCUCCCAGUAUUAACCAACUUCUUAAACUGAGGAGAGUUUUAAGGAGAAAAAUGCAAUUGCACAAGGUGUGACAAAAAGAAUUAAAGCAGGGCCCUCAUUAAGGCGAGCACAUCCUUGUAUUUGCUAAGUAUAUGGGAUUUCUUGAUUUAAUUCUUGAAAAGCAAUCUCCUUUGCAUAAUUCAGCUGCUUUUUAAACAUUCCUAAUAAGCUUGGGGUAUAGCUGAGCGACAGAGUCUGCUAUUUGGAAACAGGUUUGAGUGUACAUUGAAAAUUAAGAACAAUAGCUAAGUUUGCCAACUUAUCUGUAAAACUGGCUUGGUCUCCACUUGUGAUUUUCACAAGAAUGCUGUCUACAGGAACAGCUCUUUUAAAAGAAAAGAGAGAAGCACUGCUAUUGCUUGAUCUAUGCACAUCAAGGCACUGGUAAAGGCCCAGUUAUAACAGCUGUGUGAAAAUUUCACUUGUUGGGGAAUGCUGUGAGUUGCAUUUUACGCUUACUUAUGAUACUUGUUCUGUAGUCUGUCAUCCUUUAUGUGAAUGUCCACUAGAUUUCCAAAAUGAUUUUGUUUUGCAUAGUGUUUUUCACACAGUAAAUAAACCACAUUGAAUAACUCUG